AAGCGGAGAGCCGGAAGUGGGGUUGGACAGGCUAUCCCCAGGGGUGGGGAAGCGGAGGCCCAGGAGGAGGGGGAAGAAAGAAGGCGGAGGAUCCUUGUUACUACUCUGAAUCCGACACGGAUUCUCUUAGAACUCAGAGAUCCAGAAAAAGGGAAGGGUGUCUCAUCCCUCUCCCUCCCGUCCUCCCUCUCCUCAGCCUUAGCCAUGGCCGAGGCAGGGGCUGGGCUGAGCGAGACCGUCACUGAGACAACGGUUACCGUGACAACCGAGCCCGAGAAUCGGAGCCUAACCAUCAAACUUCGGAAACGGAAGCCAGAGAAAAAGGUGGAAUGGACGAGUGACACUGUGGACAACGAACACAUGGGGCGACGCUCAUCAAAAUGCUGCUGUAUUUAUGAGAAACCUCGGGCCUUUGGCGAGAGCUCCACGGAGAGUGAUGAAGAGGAAGAGGAGGGCUGUGGUCAUACACACUGUGUACGGGGCCACCGCAAAGGACGGAGUCAUGCAACCCCAGGACCCAUCCCCACCACCCCUCCCCAGCCUCCUGAUCCCUCCCAGCCCCCUCCAGGGCCAAUGCAGCACUAAAUUCCUCUCUUCCACACCAUUCCUGUGUCUGUCUGGCCCUGAAUGUGUCUUUGUGGCUACUUGGGGACUAACCCCAUGGUUUGAUCCCUUCUUCAGCCCCCUUCUCUCCUCUGCCUGAUAGAGGGGAGAGGAAGAGGAAGGCAGACAGAGAUCCUGGAAUUUUGACUUGCUGCUAUUCCAGAACUCAGGCUUCUGGGUUUCCCUGGCCCUCAUUUCUCCUUCCAGUACCCACCCUCCUCUCUCCAGGGAUCCAGGCAUAUUGGUCCCAGUUUCUUCCCUUUGUUUUCACUGCCAAACUGCCUGUCCUGGGAUCCAGUUAUCUUGGCUUCCUGCACUUUCAACUUUAGUCCCAAACACUUAAAUGGGGUUUUCAACUGUCCCAGCUUUCACUGCCAGGGUCCCAGUCAGAUUCCAGGCAAUCUUGCCCCAGCUGUGCUUGUUAAUCCUGGUUUAGAGCUCUUCUACUAAUGUAUUUAUAUAAUCCUAAUUCUUCCUUGUCUGUGGGAUAUGAGGUUUUAUAGGAGGCCUCAGGGCUCCCAGUCCUUCCCUUCCUGCCCAUCCCCCUCAUGCCCUCAAAAGGAAUUAGGAGAGAGAAGUCUUUGUCAUUCUCAUCUCUAAUGGAAAAGGAACAAGAAAUAGUCAUGUUCUCUCUACCCACCCUUCUCAUGUGAUCUACGAUUUCUAACAAAACUAGCAUGAGACUGGUCACUUAGAGCCAACUAUCUCCUCAGCUUUUGGCCUUUCCGUUUCAGAGACAGAGCCAACAUAGUCCCAGGGUCUUGGUUCCUUGGGAGAGGAAGGAAAAGGGAGGGAGCAAAGAGAAGAGGGUGUGUCCCCUGCACUACAUGCACACCCCUUCCUUCCUAGACAGUAAUGUCUCUGCCAUCCCAGAUGUCCAGCUCUCAGCCCUCCUUAACCCUUACUGGGGUCUGGUUAUCUUUUUCCAGUCUUGCCAUGCACAGUUGCAGAGAUCAGUCAAAUCCAUACCACCACUGAGAUCUCAUUUAUUGCCACAGAUGCACAAAAUAAAUAACCCAACAUCACAAAAUGUGUUAAAUAUGGGCCCAUUUAUACAUAUGGGGUAAGAUGUGAGACUGUGUACAAGGAUUCAUUUUGGGAUGUCUGGGCCCUUCCCAGGUUGUGGAGAGGAGAGGUAGCACCAUUGGUUUCUUUCUGUGGGUAUGUGCAGGGGUAAGUUUUGAGAAGGUUCUUAAUAGAAAAAGGCUGUGAGCAUAGAAAGCAGUCACAGGAAGUAAAACUGGCUUGUCACACCCCCUUCCCAAAAUAAAAAUGGUAUCAAGCUUC